AUGCCCGUCGAAGUCAGCCUCAACACGCCCCUGGCCGAGGCUCUCAAUGCCGCCAUCCAGCCCAAACUCGUCGAGGUUGGAUGGGGAACUGGCGGUGCCGAUGACUCCGCCCUAGCAGAGUAUAUUAUACUCAUGCUUGUGAACGGGAAGUCUCAGGACGAAAUCGCCGCCGAACUCUCGGGAGAUCUACUUGGCCUUGGCUCGGACGACCCCAGCACUCGCAACUUCUCUCAGUGGCUCUUUGAACAGAUCGAUGCUCUAAAUGCUCAGUUUAACGGCGGGGGCAAUGCAGCGCCUGGUUCAAGUCAAGACGCGACAACAGAAGGCGAUGUGGAUACAGACAUGAAUGCUGGUGAUGUGUCAGAAUUGAAUGCACCUACCGGCCCACGCUCAAUGCGAAACGGUAACCAGCGCGGGGGACGUGAUAAGCGCAUGUUCGGACAGAUGAACAAAGCCAUGGACCGAGCUGGCGAUUCUGCACUUCACCGUGUUAGAGGCCAAACAGGAAGCGAACGUAUCAACACUCAUGGCCGUACACCGCCAAAUGGGCCCAGAACAGGCCGCGGUGGAAUUGGGCGACACAACAACCGCACUGCUAACCUUCAGGCUGGUCUCGCUAAUAUGGCUGCUGGCGGUCCUCAGGCGCAGUGGAUGAUGCAAGGUGGCCAGCCUAACUCGGCCGAGUUCGCCGCUAUUCUGGAACAACAGAGCCAGAUGAUGCUUCAAAUGCAACAGAUCAUGAGUGGUGGUGGAUUUCAGGGUCCAUAUGGACAUCAACGCCGUGGAGGAAAGUCUCUAUUUGACCGAACGCAACACCCCGGCAGAGGUAACUACCGCAAGGGUUUCAACGACCGACAGAGCGGCAAUAAUGCUGGUUUCGAGGGCGAGGGCGAGGAUGUCGACAUGUCCGGCGAGAAACGUGAGCAACUGAACCCGGACGAGACGGUUUGCAAGUACAACUUGAGAUGUACCAACAAGGACUGCAAGUUUGCCCACCAGUCACCCGCCGCCCCUCAGGGAACAUCGGUCGAUGUAAACGAUAACUGUAGUUUCGGAGCUGCGUGCAAGAACCGAAAAUGCGUCGCGCGGCAUCCUUCACCAGCGGCCCGUCUGGCCCACCAGAGCGAACUAGACUGCAAGUUCUUCCCCAACUGCCAAAAUCCUCAGUGCCCUUUCAAGCACCCAUCAAUGCCUCUCUGUCGAAACGGCGCUGGCUGCACAAAUGCCGACUGCAAAUUCACUCACGUCAAGACCAAGUGCAGGUUCAACCCUUGCCUCAACCCGAGCUGCGCUUUUGCGCACGAGGAAGGUCAGCAAGGUGGCUUUAAGGACAAGGUCUGGACCGCUGGUGAAAGCACAGAGCACCCCAGUGAGAGAAAGUUUGUGGAUGACCAAGCUCCUGAAGAGCUCAUCAAGGGGGAGGAGACCGAUGUUAAGCAGGAGACUGAUGUCAUUGGUUAA